AGCACACAUUGUCCCUGUCUUCAAAAAGGCAAAAUAAAUAAAGAUCCAGGAAAGUAUAGGCAAGUUGUCCUGACCUCAACACCAGGAAAUAUAUUAGAACAGAUUAUACAGGAGUCUGCCUGUAAGUAUCUUGAUGACAAUGUAGUGGGCACCAUUGGUUUAUCUGAACAAAUCCUACAUUCUUUUUUUGAGUGGGUCAGUAGUUUAGUAGAUGGUGGUAAUGCCAUUGAUAUCAUUUAUCUGGAUUUCAGCAAAACAUUUGAUAAGGUUCCCUAUGAUAUUUUGAUAAUAUAAAUGCAACAUUCUACACAUAUGCCACGAAAACCCAAUGCACAGUUUUAUAGGAUGAGAUAUAAUAAUUUCCUCAGCAGUACUACAUGUGAAAAGUACCUUGGGUUUAUUGUUGAUUAUAGGCUGAAUAUGAGCCAGUACUGCAUUGCUGCAAAGAAGGUUUUUUAAAUAAUUAAAUCAUCUUAUUUUUAAAAUAGUGAACUUUUGUAGCAGCAAAUGAAAGUGAAACAGUUUCUAUUGUGGGAAUGUCCCAAUAAAGUAGUUUCACCACAAUUCCCGGUAGAUGCACCCACUGGCAGUUGUGUCACACUCAAGAAAAACCUUCUGUUUGCCCUUUGUACAUAAAAUCUCUUGAGUCAGACAUUUUAGAACAUUUCACUUCCUCCUUCCUGGAAAGGAAAGGCUUUCAGAUGUUUGUCAUUGCGAAGAAGUACUCUCUUUGUUUUUACUGAUUUCUGCAGCAUUUGGUCAUUGGGUCAACAAUCUGGAAAAAGAAUGGCUACUUCUACCCAGGAAAGUUCUGCAGAAGGUCCUAGCAGUAACUUCACUGAGCUGGACAUGUCUUAUCUAAAAGCUUCCUACCCUCAUGCUAACUUUGAUUUUGACAUGUUGGCAAAAGAAAUGGAAGAGGAAUACCAGCAAAUUCGCAAGGAACAUCAAAGAGGGUUUAACUCUUCAAUGAGAAGUGAAGUCCAAAGGCUGAAAACCUUCCUGUCGCAACCACCUGGCAACGCUCUAUCCACCUGGGCCCCCUUAGAGAUGGCUGCUGCGGGCUUCUAUCACACCGGCACUAAGACGGCAAUACAGUGUUUUUGCUGUGGGCUGGUUUUGCUUGCAAGAAGCAUCAAACGAUCUCCUUAUGUAGAACACAAGAAAUAUUGGUCUCAGUGCGCAUUUAUUUUAGGGAAGGAGGUUGGUAACAUCCCCAAGUAUGAAAUUAGAGUUCUGUAUCCAAGGAGGCGUUAUUCAGGAGUCACUUAUAAAGAUCUGGAGUCAAGGCUUCAGUCCUUUGCUGACUGGCCUUCCUAUGCCAGAGAAGCUCAGCCUGAUCUGCUAGCUAAAGCUGGAUUUUUCUUCACAGGUAUUAAAGACACCGUUCAGUGCUUUGCCUGCAGUGGAUGUUUGGGGAAUUGGGAAGAUGGUGAUGAUCCUUGGAAAGAACAUGCAAAAUGGUUCCCAGAAUGUGAGUUUCUUCAAAAGGAGAAGACAAGAGAUGAAAUUAAGGAGUAUAUUCAAAACUACUGUGGAUUUGUCGGCCUUACGGCAAAGCAUUUUACUCCAUGCACUGGGAAGAUAUUGGACUCUGAUCCAGGGGACUUGGAGCUUGCAAUAAACAUCUAUGAAGAUGAAGGCUGCAGGCUGGACUCUUUCCAAACCUGGCCUGCGGAAGCACGAGUAGAUGCUACUUCUUUGGCCAAAGCAGGAUUUUUCUACACAGGGAAGAUGGACAUUGUGCAGUGCUUCUCCUGUGCUGGAUGUCUAGCUGAGUGGAAGGAAGAUGAUGAUCCGUGGGAAGAACAUGCUAAAGCUUUUCCUCAUUGUAAUCACUCAGAUCCAGAGAGAAAGACAUCAUUGGAGAAGACACAUAAAGAAGCCGAGGCUGAAUCAUGGCAUGGAAAGCAAAUGGACCAUAAAGAUGAUUUGGCAGAUACAGAAGUGCUUAGUUCUGCCAUGACUAAUGUGGCUUUUGAGGAACAUAAAUUGCUUCAAGAACAGUUGAGAAGGGCAUACGAUGAUAUUCAUUUUAGGAAAAUGUUUCCAUUUGGGGAUUCUGCCCAUUUUGCUAUUGAUUUGAAGACUCUCUUUGGGGACCUAGCCAUUGUUUCCAAAAAUAUCAGCAACCUGCCACUGCAACAGCUCACACUGCCUGAGGUUCUUGAAAACUUUCAGUCCAUUACAGUUGUAGAAGGAGAGGCCGGCAGUGGAAAGACUGCAUUGCUUCGGAAAAUAGCAAUUCUUUGGGUCUCUGGAUGCUGUCCCAUACUCAGUAGAUACAAGCUUGUGUUUUAUCUGUCCUUGAAUUCUCAAAAUCGUGACCUGAGUCUAGUGGACAUUAUUUGCAAUGAGGUGGUGGGUCUUAGAGGAGUAUUAACCCAAGAGUUUCUGGAGACCUUGUGUAAGCAUUUAAAAAAUGAAAUCUUGUUCCUGUUAGAUGAUUACGAUGAAAUGAAUGCAGUUCCUUAUGACAUUGAAGACUUGAUUCAAAAGAAUUACUUGAACAAACACUGUUUAGUUAUUGCAGUUCGUACUAACAGGAUUGGGAAAAUCCGCCAAUAUGCAAAAACCAUUCUGGGCAUCACAGACUUCCCCGUGACAAGCACCUUCUAUCUGCUAAGGAAGCUAUUUUCACAUAACACUGCACUUGUCGAAGACUUCUUCAUCCAGCUGCGAGUAGAAGAAGCAAUGCAUUCCAUGUUCAAAACUCCUCUUUUUGUUGUGGCUCUUGGGACAUAUUGGACUCAAAAUCCUAAUGGCAGUAAAUUCCUGGAUUUGGUCAUUUUAAAAGCCUACAUGUUAUACACCUCACUGAAAUAUCCUCAGGCCUGUGAUCGUAUGAAAGCCACGGUAUCUGCCUGUGGUGAACUUGCCUUGCGAGGUCUCUUCACAUCCCUCUUUGAAUUCAGUGAAGAAGAUCUGUCUGAGGUUGGGGUGAGUGGAGAUGAUGCUCUUUGGUUUGGUCUACUGAGCAAAUUCACAGCCCAACGUCUUUGGCCAAUCUACAAAUUCUUCCAUCUUUCAUUCCAAGAAUAUUUUGCAGGUCUAAGGAUGAAUGAGCUCCUGAGUUCGGAUGUACAGGAAGAUGUGGACAGAGGGCUACAAUAUCUGCAGCAAAUAAACACCUUUGUGAAAAUCAGUGGCCGCUACCAGUAUAUUUUGAGGUACGCCUGUGUUGAAGCUUCCAAAGCGGUACCCCAAAUAGUUACCCACUUACUCAGUUUGCCCAGUUGCGAGAAAUCAUUUGAAAGCCAGAUAAAAAAUGAUCUUUAUCUACAGCAGACUCCAGAAUUGAAGUUGCGACAACAGGAGCUUCUCAGUGUCACCUUAACUUUAUUCCCGGAGGUUUAUCUUUCAACAUUCAGUGAUUUUGUACUGGAACUUGUUACUGAGUUAGCUUAUCAAAGCAACAUGACACCUGCUUGUGCUCCUAUCAUCUCACAGUUCCUUGCUGGAAAAGAGUUUUCUUUAGACCACUUUUCUUCUAAAGGUGGGUUCAUCCGUCGCUUCUUUCUGGACUAUCCAGAUACUUUGUUCUUACCCAGCAGAUUUGUGAUGAAAACCAUUGGCAAAGAAGAGAAUCUUGAUAUGUCUGUAGAAGAAACAGUUUAUUCCAAUCUUGGGGUUCCAGUUGUUGACCAGGAAUAUGCUUCUGGUUUUAGGCUCUUUAGUGACGUCUCCAAACAAAUAAAAGAAGAUGAAGAUAAUAUCAAUAAGUUUAGGACAUAUUUCCCCAGACGCUUUCCAAAUUCAAGAAUAGUUCCGUUUCUCUGUAAAAGAGGUCAAGAAAAGAUCCCACAUUUACAAUUUUCUGCCAAGUGCAUCAAUGCAUUUCAGACUCAUGAUCUGGAGAAUUUAGCUGUGCUUUUCUCAGUUUUCAGUCAUAUUGAUUUGAAGCUGCAGAACUGCAAAGGUCUGCUGGAAAACAUCAAACCAGCCAUUGAACAGAAUCUGGAGUACUUUAAAGUGUGCCGCAUACAUAAUACUGCCUUGAAUUUAGUAGAAGAGAACCUCCUCCUUUCAAUGUCUUCACUUGAAUCCCUAGAAAUUACGGGAAAGGCAUCAAUACCAGAAUCUCUGUUCUUAAAUUUGGACAAAUAUACAUUCUUAAAGGAAUUGUCAGUGGAUCUACCCAAUUGUCAAAAUUUGUUUGACAUAAUCCCAGAGGGAUUCAAAAAUCUUCAUGACAUGGAGAAAUUUAUCAUCUGCAACAUUCAGUUUGGAAGCAGUUCACCCAGACUAGCUGAAUUCAUACGGAAUUUCAAAAAACUAUCUGUUUUUCAUCUGAAGCAUUGUUCUUUUUCUGAUCUGGGGAGUCUUAUGGAUGCCAUGUCUUCUUGCAAGAUGUUGACAGAACUAGAGAUCAUUGAAUUGCCUUUCACAGAUGAAGACCAGUUCUCCCUUACUGCUGCUUUGCCAAAUUUUGCUGCACUAAAGAUACUGAAUCUCAACGGGCUGAAUUUCACCAGCAAGGAAAUUGGUAUAGCACUGGGAGAAGCUCUGGCUCCUCUUGAGAAUUUGGAGGAACUUUCUCUGCCUGUUGGAAACGGAAUGAGUCACGCAGCUAAACUAAUUAUUCAGCAAUGCUCCCAUUUUCCAAAUCUCCGAAAGCUGGAGUUUAAUCAGUAUUUGAGUGGUGAAGGCCUCUUGGAAAUAGCAAAAGUAGCAACUGAUGGAGGUUUCCAAAAGCUUGAAGUCUUGACGCUCUUGGUGAACCACAGCAUUACAGAAGAGUUUUGGAGAAGAUUCUUUGAAUCAUUGCCCCAGUUGCCAAAAUUACAUGAUGCAAACUUUGGUCGCAUUUUCACACAUCCAAUCAAAUGCCAGGCAGCAACGGUGAAGUCUUUUGUCCAGUGUGUCUCCAGGCAGCAAAACCUCAAGGUCAUUAAUAUGACCGGUUGGUUGUUUGAUGAGAAGGACCUCCAAAUGUUUGACAUCAUGAAGGAGCAACAUCCGCAGUCUAAAAAUUUAAGCUUGUUUUGGAAAUGGAUGUUACCUGUUUCACCAAUUAUAAAUAAGUAGAGAAAUAGAAGUGAGUCUCAUUGUGUAAAAACUGCUUAAUAUAUUUGUUGAGAACAGAUAAGGAUGAGUUAAUAUUAAAUGACGUGAGGAAUUGCCACAAUUCAUUGAUUUCACUGAGCAUAUAUAAAUUAAUUGCUCUUUGAUGUUCCCUCCUACACAUAACUUUUUACAUAUCUAAAAUUUUAAGGAAGACAUUUAAGAAAACAGUAGCAUGUUUUUCCAAGAAAUGUGGUUCUGCAUAUUUGGCAACGACAUCCAGAUGUGACAUCCAGGUGAAGCUAUCAUUCCUCUGCAUACUGUAACCUUUCCAGUGGCUGCCAUUUUAUCAGUUUUUAUUUUACAAAUCAGCAUUGAAAUUGAUCUUUUGGCCGCAUGUAUGUUUAAAUUAAAACAUUGGUCUAAUUAAAUGAAAGAACAUUUAAAAUAAAGUAUUAAGCAAAUGACUGGAGAAAAACACAAUCUGGCUGUUUUCACUGCCAUUUCCCACCCGCCCCCAAGAAAAGAUUUCCGAUAAAAAAAAUUUAUGGUUAUGAGUUGUAGUUGGAUAAUGACAGUUAAAAUGAAGUAUAAAUAAUUACUUUGUCAAAGACUUUUGCAAAAUGUCUGUUUAGGUAAAAUUGAUUUUUCACUUCUCCAUUAACAGUAAUAAUAUUGCAUAUAGUGUAGGCAUAACACAUUGAGACAUAUCUGUGAAGAAAUGCACUCAACAGCAUGGAAAGUCAAUUGAAAUUCUAGUUCUACUUUAAACAAAAAGCUAGUGCCAUCUUUCAGAAAGUAUCCUGAUUUGUAAAUAGGUUAGAUUUACAACGGUAUUGGAAUAUUUAAAUAAAUAUGUCUAUUGACUCCAAUGUUAAAUACCAUGUUUUACUUUAUACCGUGAAGUAGGACACCAAAUCCAGGUCCCAAAGCUGCUAUUCAUGCCCAAGGACAUGUAUCUGAACACAAACCUUGCUGUAGUUCAUGCAUUAGAAUAUUGAUAAAUCUUUCAUCAUGAAAAGGAAGAAGGAACACAGUUUCCUUUAUCCUCUAGGUAUAAAAAUGCAGCAGGCUGAACUGGAGCCACAAGCUAUGAGGAAGGAAACAACAAGAAGCACAGCACUUUGUAACACAAUUUGAAAAACAUUCUAUUCCUGUUUUGAAAGUGUUAUUUCCUGUUUAAUUGUGGAGUACUUACUUUAAAAGCAGUUGUUAUACUCAAUUUUUUUUGUUUUUGUGGCUGCCACAAACCAUGUUGAAUUGGUUGAGACUCUGAGAUACUCAUUGAAAAACUAUAGCAAUAUGUGCUGCAGGACGUCCCGCAAAAAUGACGUUUUUACAAUUUAAUAAACUUUUCCCAUGUUUUCAUGAUAGAACCAAUAAGGAAAUGACAUUUAUAACCCAGGAACAAAAAUCCCGUUAUACAGUGUAGUGUGAUCAAUGUUACAAAAAUUUAAAAUAGCUGUACAAUUGUAAGUGCAUAUAGCCAUGGUAUGAUAACUGAAAUUAAAUGUUUAUUCUUUCAAGGCAGGAGCAGGAAUGCAGCCUUUCAGAUAUUCUUGGACUGUUAACUCCCAGCAUUCCUUAGUACUGGCUAGGGCUACUGCAAACUGCAGUUCAAUAAUGUGCCAUUCUUGCCCCUGCUUUGAAAAACUCUCCCAUUUCAUGUUAUAGACAGCAAUAAUAUCAGACAGGAUUUUGAGUUAGCUGGAAAAAAGUCAGGAGCUCUAGGUUAUCAGGGAAGUGUGCCGUAUAAGCACCUUGCUCUUUUCAGAACUACUAUUUUCAGCUCACUUGCACACGUCCACCUUUCUCUGCUUUCCUUGGUCCACAAUGUGAGAAAAAUAACUCUUACUAACAUUCUAAUAGUAUCUGGGAUCAUGAGAGACAGAAUUUUAAGAUGACAGAAGCUUUAUUACAUCAGUGCGGUUUAUCCACAUGUUGAAUCAAUAUUCAACAUUUGAUUAAGGCUCUACUCUAGUUUAGGCUAAUCAGUAGGAUUCAAACUUAAUUUUACUGCUCCUCUCAAUAAAACUGAUAAAAGGACCUCUGGGCCUCUAGUGGAAAUUCUGGAUCUAGGUAUAUGCAAAUGGCCACAAGUAGAACUAAGAGAGCCAUCUGAUGUCUCUCGGAAUAUCAUCCUCAUAGCGUGUAAAAUAAGUGGCUUUUUUGUUUAACCCUAAGAUAACAUUGUGCCAGUACUUUUGUCACUGCUAUGUUGCUUAAGUUAGUAUAAUUUGCCUAUAAUUCAGUAGUAGAGCAGGAUAGGAUGGGGAUGUAAGGGGUAAGUAGCCAAAUAUGAUUGACAUUUCUCCCGAACAGCUUGUCACUUUUUUCUCUCUCAAACAAUUUUAAACUUUCAUUUUAUGUCCAAUUUUUGUUCAGUGUAUUUUAAUAUGUAUUUUAUGGAAAUAUGAUUAAACGUGUGUAUUCUACAG